AUGGACUGUUCACCCAGCUUCUCCUCAACCCCUCCAUAUUCGAAUACCUUCGACGGUGGUGCCGCUCCCGGCUUAGCUUCCAAUCCUGUAUCGUCGAGCUACUCGCUUGAAGCAACUCUAGAAAGAGAUGUCGUCGGGCAAGGCUUGAUAUCACUGGAAUAUGCCAACGAUUUAGUCGCCUUCUUUAUCACUGAGCUCACGGCCUUUGCUCCAAUCGUUGUACUACCUCCAGAUACAACUGCUUACCAACUGCGUUGCUCGAAGCCAGUGCUGUUUCUCUCAGUCAUUGCCGCAGCAGCAGUCUCGUUGGAUGCCAACCUAGCCGCUGCUCUCAACCGUGAGAUGAUUCGAGUGUAUGCCGAACGCUUCUUCAUUAAUGGGGACAAGUCCUUGGAAUUAGUCCAGGCAUUGCUGCUCAUGAUUGUCUUCUACUUCCCGCCCGACUCUCCUUUGAAACUGCAAUUCUAUCAGUAUACUCAUAUAGCGGCCACGAUGGCCCUGGAAAUUGGGUUGGCUUCCAAACGACGAGUGCCCCAAAGCUCCAGUCGCAGGACGAAUAGAAAGACAGCAUAUGACGAGCCAAUGGCGGAACAAGCGAGAGCGAUCUUGUUUUGCUAUCAUUUGACGUCCAUUGUCGCUAUGAAAACACGCCGGCCGAAUUUGCUUCUCUUCAAUGACUGGAUGAGCGAGUGCGUGAAGCAUUUAGAGCGCUCACCAAAUGCAGUCGAUAGACACAUGGCCACUUGGUUUGAGCUUCAGCGAGUAGUCGAUGAGGCGAUGACAUCCUUUGGGCUUGAUGACACGAGUUCGACUGCCCCGCUCACCGAGUCGCGGCUGCAAGCCGUUUUGAGGUGGUUUGACAACCGCAUGCAAUCAUGGAAGAAAGAUCUAUCCAUGGAGAUGCAUACAGUUCCCAUGAAUUUCGAAUACCAUUACACUAACCUCGCGAUCUAUGAGCUUGCUGUCGGAGAAGGUUAUCGCGAUCCUGAUGCGAUCAAGCAACAAUAUUAUACUCUCCCAUCACUGGAGAACAGUGAUAAGUCCAAAGGCACGCCACUGAGUGCGGUCCGUGUAGACUUCACGAUCAAGUGGUUGAACGCCGCCCACGAGAUGCUCGACUUCUUCCUAGGCUGCGACACGGAGAUGCUGCGGAAGAUCCCCAACCUCAUCUACACCCGGGUCGGAGUAGCGAUUCUGUCUCUGCUCAAAAUCUACUUCUCCGUUAGAUCUGGCGCCCUAGGGGAGUUUGUGACUGCCGAGUCCGUAAAUGUCGAGAAAUAUCUGGACGCAAUGACCCGGCGUCUAGCGGAGGCAAGCGGUGGUCAGAAGUACAAGAUCCCCAGCCGAUGGUAUCUUGUUGUCGCCAUCAAGGCUCGAAAUUGGUAUGAUCGCUUUGAGCAGAAACAGAUGCAGAGAAAUGCUGGGCUUGUCCCUCAGUUGAGCGCUGGUACGCCAAUCUCUCCGAGUCAUGCCGCUUCUCAGAAUCCGCUGCCAUUUGACCCACAACAGCCAAGUGCGUCACUUGUAAUGAAGGCGGAGUACUCUUCUAUGGUCCCUUUCCAAGCGAUGAAUGUCAAUUACGGCGUGCCACCAACGACGGAACAGAUAUGGCAACCCGACCAGAGCGGAGCUUAUCAAAACAUGGUUCACAUGAAUACUUUUGCCGGCUACCAGCCUGCAAUGCUGCCUCCUCACUAUGGAUAUGAUGUACAGCAACAGCGAACCCCGCCAGAGAGCGGUCAGCAAGGAAACCCAUCGCCGGCAAGAACGGGUAUGGAGCUUGAUGAGUGGAUGCCGGAUGGAAGUAUUUUCGCGAUGCCUAGCUUGCCUGGAUUCUGA